UGGGAAAAUCCUCCACCCCCCCCCCCCCCACCCCUCGCCCUCUCGGCCUCGCUUUAAUUACUUGGUCCAAAACCCUAGCCCUCCUCCGUCCUUCACUCCACCCACGGAAAAACCCUGGUUUAGCUUUCCUGAAAAUCUCUUUCUCCCUGAGUUUCAUUGCUUCCCGUUCCAGGUUUCUCUCUCUGCCAUGGACGACGUCUGUGAAGGCAAAGAUUUCUCAUUUCCAAAGCAGGAAGAGAAAAUUCUGGCCUUCUGGUCCGAAACGAAGGCCUUCGAGACCCAGCUGGAGCGGACGAAGCACCUACCCGAGUACAUUUUCUAUGACGGGCCGCCCUUCGCCACCGGGCUUCCCCAUUACGGGCACAUCCUGGCAGGCACCAUCAAGGACAUCGUCACAAGGUAUCAGACCAUGAGGGGGCACCACGUCACACGCCGCUUCGGCUGGGACUGCCACGGCGUUCCCGUCGAGCACGAGAUUGAUAAGAAGUUCGAUAUCAAGACCAGAGACCAGGUUCUGGCUAUGGGUAUUGAUAAUUACAAUGAGGCGUGUAGGAGUAUUGUGACGCGAUUUGUGGAGGAAUGGGAGAAAGUUAUUACGCGCACAGGGCGAUGGAUUGACUUCAGGAAUGAUUAUAAGACCAUGGACUUGAAGUUCAUGGAGAGUGUUUGGUGGGUUUUCUCGCAGCUGUAUGAGAAGGGCCUUGUGUAUAGAAGUUUUAAGGUUAUGCCUUACAGCACUGGUUUGAAGACGGCACUAUCAAAUUUUGAAGCCAAUUCAAACUAUAAGGAUGUUUCUGAUCCUGAAAUGAUGGCGGCUUUCCCAAUUGUUGGUGAUUCGAGUAAAGCAUCUUUUGUUGCGUGGACCACAACACCAUGGACACUUCCUAGUAAUCUUGCCCUUUGUGUCAAUGCAAAUUUUGUCUAUGUGAAGGUUCGCAACAAAAACUCUGGAAAAGUUUAUGUAGUUGCUGAAUCUCGGUUGUCUGAGCUUCCCAGUGAAAAACCAAAAGGUGGACCCAAAGAUGUACCUAAUGGAUCUGCCAGUGAUUCUGGAAAUUCAAAUGUUAAGAUGAAGGGAUCCUCCGGUGGCAAAAAUAAGCAUGUAGCGGAGUUCGAGUUGUUAGAGAGAGUUACUGGGGCCUCACUGAUUGGAAUGAAGUAUGAACCAUUGUUUGAUUAUUUCUUGGAGUUCUCUGAUAUGGCAUUUAGAGUUGUUGCAGACAACUAUGUGACUGAUGAUAGUGGUACUGGAAUUGUUCACUGUGCCCCUGCUUUUGGCGAGGACGAUUACCGUGUGUGCAUUGAAAAUGAAAUUAUUAACAAGGGAGAGAGCCUAGUUGUAGCAGUUGAUGAUAAUGGCUGCUAUACUCAGAAAAUUACUGACUUUUGUGGGUGCUAUGUCAAGGAUGCUGAUAAGAAAGUUAUAGAAGCCGUGAAGAAAAAAGGCAGGCUCGUCAAGUACGGAAGCUUUAUGCAUUCUUAUCCAUUUUGUUGGAGAUCUGACACUCCUCUUAUUUAUAGAGCUGUUCCAAGCUGGUUCAUUGCUGUUGAGAAGUUGAAAGAGCAAUUAUUAGAAAACAACAAACAGACGUAUUGGGUUCCUGAUUUUGUAAAGGAAAAACGAUUUCACAAUUGGCUGGAAAAUGCAAGAGACUGGGCUGUUAGCCGGAGUAGAUUUUGGGGCACUCCUCUUCCAAUAUGGAUAAGUGAGGAUGGUGAGGAAAAAGUUGUUAUGGAUUCUAUUGAUAAACUGGAAAUGCUUGCAGGUGAAAAGGUGAGUGAUCUGCAUCGGCACAAGAUUGAUCAUAUUACGAUCCCAUCUAGCCGUGGUCCUGAGUUUGGUGUGCUUCGACGUGUGGAUGAGGUUUUUGACUGUUGGUUUGAGAGUGGAUCAAUGCCUUAUGCCUACAUCCACUAUCCAUUUGAAAACAUUGAACUCUUUGAGAAAAAUUUCCCUGGACAUUUCGUGGCUGAGGGACUAGAUCAAACUCGUGGAUGGUUCUAUACUCUCAUGGUUUUGUCUACUGCUUUAUUUGGAAAGCCUGCUUUUAGGAAUCUCAUUUGCAAUGGUCUAGUCUUAGCUGAGGAUGGAAAAAAGAUGAGUAAAAAGCUGCAAAACUACCCUUCACCCAUGGUAGUCAUAAAUGAUCAUGGAGCUGAUGCUUUGCGAUUAUACAUUAUAAACUCUCCAGUUGUGCGUGCAGAGCCUUUACGUUUCAAGAAGGAUGGAGUUUAUGGUGUUGUCAAAGAUGUCUUUCUACCAUGGUACAAUGCAUAUAGGUUUCUGGUUCAGAAUGCAAAAAGACUUGAGGUUGAGGGGUUUGCAUCUUUUAUUCCUGUUAACCAAGCCACUCUUCAGAAAUCAUCUAAUGUGCUAGACCAGUGGAUCAACUCCGCCACUCAGAGCCUGGUCCAUUUUGUCCGCCAGGAAAUGGAUGCAUAUCGUCUUUACACAGUGGUUCCAUAUCUCUUGAAAUUUCUCGACAAUCUCACAAAUAUUUAUGUGCGGUUCAAUCGUAAGAGACUUAAAGGUCGCACAGGAGAAGAAGAUUGCAGGACGGCUCUUUCAACUCUUUACCAUGUUCUUUUAACCUCAUGUAAGGCAAUGGCUCCAUUCACACCCUUUUUUACUGAAGUUCUAUAUCAAAAUAUGCGAAAAGUUUCCCAUGGAUCAGAGGAAAGCAUUCACCAUUGCAGUUUUCCUGAAGAAGAAGGAAAGAGAGGGGAACGAAUUGAGGAAAGUGUUGCAAGAAUGAUGACGAUCAUUGAUCUUGCCCGCAAUAUACGUGAGCGACACAACAAGCCUCUAAAAGCACCACUCAGGGAGAUGGUGGUAGUUCAUUCAGACAAGGAGUUUCUUGAUGACAUAGCUGGAAAACUGAGGGAGUAUGUGCUUGAAGAACUGAAUGUAAGAUCUAUGGUUCCAUGUAAUGAUACUUUGAAAUAUGCAUCACUGCGUGCAGAGCCUGAAUUCAGUCUUUUAGGUAAACGACUUGGAAAAUCUAUGGGAGUCAUUGCCAAGGAGGUUAAAGCAAUGUCCCAGGAUGACAUUUUAGCUUUUGAGAAAGCUGGAGAAAUCUCUAUUGCCAAUCACUGUUUGAAGUUGACUGACAUUAAGGUUGUCCGGGGUUUCAAACGUCCUGAUGGUAUGAUGGAGAAAGAGAUUGAUGCAGCAGGAGAUGGUGAUGUUUUGGUGAUCCUGGAUUUGCGACCUGAUGAGGACUUGUUUGAGGCUGGUGUUGCGCGCGAGAUUGUCAAUAGAAUCCAGAAAUUACGGAAGAAAGCUGGCCUUGAACCUACUGAUACAGUGGAGGUUUACUUUAAAUCAUUGGAUGACGAUAAAUCAAUCUCCCAACGAGUUCUGAAUUCACAGGAACUCUGCAUUAGAGAUGCGCUUGGCUCUCCCUUGCUUCCUUCAUCUGUUAUUCCCCAACAUGCUGUCAUUCUUUGUGAGGAGAAUUUCUAUGGAAUUUCUGACCUCUCAUUUGUCAUCACAUUGGCAAGGCCAGUGUUGUUAUUCAAUUCAGAUGCUGUUCUUGCAUUAUAUGCAGGAAACUCAAAAUUUGUGGAAGGUUUGCAAACUUACAUGCUCUCAAGGGAUUAUUACAGUUUGAGGUCAGAGUUUCAGCUUGGAAAUGGCAAGAUUACUGUCGAUUGCAUUGAUAAUCAGCCUGCCAUGGAUAUAGAGUUGGGAGUCCAUUUGUACUUGACCGUUGGAGAUCACUAUUUGACCACUAGAACUAGAUGAUAUUUAGUCCAAACUGAUUUAUUUUAUGUUUUAUUCUAAAUUUUUGCUUGUAUGAGAAUAAUUUUUAUGAGUCCAAAGAAAAGUUGUGAAAGAUCUCAGAUUGUUGACGUUGUUUCUUGUACAAAUUACUUCCAUUCCAAAAAUAUUUAUGCAUCAGAGAAAUUCAAUGUCAAUUGAUGGUAUUAUUGUUCCAAA